AUGGAAGAAUUUUGCUCCAUGUUUAUAGUUUUCAAAUCAUCACUCAUUUCAGAAAAAGAUCAAAUGAAGGUCAAACAUCAAAAUGCUUAUCCCAACUAUGAAUAUCGGCCAAAAAAAAAAACACAAAGGCAUCCACACAGAUUUAAUGCCCUUCCUAAUAAAAAAAGUAAUUUACCUGAUGAAGACAUUACUCAAAUAGCCAAAUCUGCUAUCAAAUCUGCUAUGUUGAAUUCAAACCCUUCAUAUCUUCCUCAAUUUAUUACAUCAGAAGUUUCUCAACCACCACCUUUAUCACCACCUCCAUCAUUUAUUCUAGAAGAAGAGUUUUUGAAUUAUUCUACAACUGCUGAUUAA